UUGCUCACCUACGCAGCAGCAGCAGCGAGGUUCUUUUGCAGCAGCGCGGAGAGCAUGGAGGGCGCCCAGCUUGUGUGCAUUCGUGCUGAUGCGCUCACUGCUGCUGCUGCCCACACCAAGCCUCAGGAUGCUACUGGCGUUCCUGCUGUUGGGGACAUUGCUGGGAUGAUGGGCGCCAUGGAAGAAUCCAGCGCGGAUCCUUCUGCCAUCCACCCGCAGGUGGUGAUGGACAUCAACUGGCUGCUCUACUCCGCCAGCUCUGACUCCGUCUACACCUCCUCCGGCACCACCAUGAUGGAACCCGAAGCACUUCUGCCCGGGGCGGUCCUGCACUCGGUCCUUCCCCUCGUCGUGGGCUUCAAACUCACGGGGAAGUUCCAGGCGGGAGUCACGGCCACGGAUCUGGUAUCGACGUGCACGCAGAUGCUGAGGGAACACGGCGUGGUGGGGAAAUUUGUGGAGUUCUAUGGGGAAGGGGUGCGGGAGCUGCCUCUGGCGGACAGGACGAUGGUGGAGAGUAUGGCGCCGGUGUUUGGGGCGAUGUUAGCAUUCUUCCCGGUCGAUUCGGUGACGCUGCAGGAUUUGAGGUCCAUGGGGCGGGAUGACACAAAACUGAAGAUUUUGGAGGCCUACACGCGUGAAAACCACCUAUUCGUGGACCAUGAGAUUGCUAGAGAGGAGGAGAGCAAGCGCAAGUACUCCUCCUACCUCCACCUGGACCUUGCCACUGUGGAGCGCUGCGGGGCAGAGGGGGGCGCAGAGGGGGAAGCAGAGGAGGGGUCAGAGAUGGAGGCAGAGGGAGGUGCAGAAGGGGGGGCAGAGGGAUGGACAGAGGGUGGAGCAGAGUGGGUCGCAGAAGGGGGCGCAGAGCGGGAAGCAGAGGAGGGGCCAGAGAUGGAGGCAGAGAGGGGGGCAGAGGGGGGGGCAGAGGGUGGAGCAGAGUGGGUUGCAGAGGAGGCGGCAGAGGGUGGAGAAGAGUGGGGUGCAGAGGGGGGUGCAGAGGGGUGUGCAGAGGGGGGUGCAGAGGGGGGUGCAGAGGCAAUUGGGGAACAAGGCGAACGUGGAAUUGCGGGGCGAAGCAAAGGGGCAGACAAACUAAAGAGUGCAACGAAGAAGAGCAGGGCUAGUGGAAGCAAGAGGGUGAGGGAGGAGAGCGAGGGAGUGGAUGAUGACGACGGGUUGCGAUUACGAGAUGCAGGGCCGGCGGAAGUGAGAAGGAGGAGUCGAAGAUUGGCGGAGAGAGCGGGAGGCGGAGGCGGAGCAAGAGGAACAGAGAACCAGGGCACCUAUCGUCAGGAGCGCAUCACCACGCGGUCCACUGAGAGGGCGCAGGAGUCGGAGAGGCAGGCGGAGCAGAAUGUGGCGAGGAAGGGCAAGAGAGCCACGGCCGCUGAAUCCCUCGCGGAAGGAGCUGCUGAGGCGACGGCAUCCCAACAGGUGGAAUCAGUGCUCGCACUGGAGCUGCAGGCAUGCCGGGCAGAGCUGGCGAGGACCGCAGCUGAGAAGGAGAGGGUCGCUAGGGAGGCAGCAGAGAUCAAGUCAGACCUGGAAACGGCGCAGACGCAGGUGGUGAGUUUGAUGGAGGAGAAGACGAGGGCUGCGGAAGACGCGGCGGAGGCAGCAGCUGCAGGGAGGAAGAAACAGCAGGCGUUGGAGGAGCAGAGGAAGGUGCUGGAAGAUGCUAUGGAGCGGAUGAGGAGAAUGCAGGUGGAGCUGGAGGCUGCUGGGAAGGAGAAGGAGGGGGUCUUGGAAGAGCAGAAGAGAGCGUUGGAGGAGGAGGUUGAGAGGAUGAAGGGCAAGCAGGUGGCAAAGGAGGCUGCUGGGAAGGAGAAGGAGGGGGUCUUGGAAGAGCAGAAGAGAGCGUUGGAGGAGGAGGUUGAGAGGAUUAAGGGCAAGCAGGUGGCAAUGGAGGCUGCUGGGAAGGAGAAGGAGGGGGUCUUGGAAGAGCAGAAGAGAGCGUUGGAGGAGGAGGUUGAGAGGAUGAAGGGCAAGCAGGUGGCAAUGGAGGCUGCUGGGAAGGAGAAGGUGGAGGAGCUGGAAGGGCAGAAGAGAGCUCUGGAGGCGCAGCAGGUGGAGCUGGAGCGGAAGGUUCAGUCGUGGGAGAAGGAAAAGGUGCUGCUGCAGGCUGCAGCAGAGCAAGGCGCAGGGGAAGCAGCACAGCUGCGGGCAGAACUGGAAGUGGCACAAAGGCAGGUGAAGGGGGUGGAGGAGGAGAGGGCGAGGGCUGAGCGACAGGCGGCAGAGGCAGCAGAUGCUGAGAGGGUGAAGAUGAGGGCGCUGGAAGAGCAGAAGAGGGAUUCGGAGGAAGUGGUAGAGGGGAUGCGGCGAAAGAAGGUGGAGAUGGAAGUUGCUUGGAAGGAGAAGGAGGGGGAGUUUGAACACCGGAGGAGGGCGUUGGAGGAGGCGCUACAGAGCGAGCAGGAGCGAUGUGGAGCGGCGGAGGCGAAGGAGACGGGUUUAAGCGGAGCGGCAGGAGACGGGCAGCAAGAGGAGCAGCAAGAGGGGCAGCAAGAGGAUGCGGGCGCUGGUGGGUUGGUGAAUGAAGGGUGUGAGGAAGUGAUGAGAGUCGAGGGAGUCAAGGGCAAUGAGGAGACGAAGGCAGUUGUGCAAGAGAAAGGUGAAAGGGAGUGCCAUUUGCAAGAGAGCAGUGUGGGAGGGAGCGGUGUAGGAGAGAGUGGCGCUGGAGAGUGCGCGUUAUUGCAAGAACCAGUGGAGGGAGACAGAGCAGGAAGUAAGGCGAGGGGAGGAAGCAUUAGGGAAGAGCAAGAGGGCGAUGGUAAGGACAGGGGCGCAGUGGCGGGGAGUGAGAGUGGAAGGGAUGAGGGGACGGACGGCGGGAAGGAGUUGUCAGAUGUGAAAAAGAAAGAGGGAGGUGAGGAGCGAAGGGACGAGGGAGGGGAGGAACGAGAUGAGGAGGGAAGGGACGACGCAGGGGAGAAGGGAGGGGAGGAGGGAAGGAAAGAGGGAGGAGAGGAGGGAAGGGGAGAGAGAGGGGAUGAGGGAAAGAACAAGGGAGGGGAGAAGGGGAGGAAAGAGGGAGGGGAGGAGGGAAGGAAAGAUGGAGAGGAGGAGGGAAAGAAAGAGGGAGGGGAGGAUAGAGUGGAAGAGGGAGGGGCCGAGGGCGGGGAGGAGGGAGCAGAGGAGCAGGCAGAGGGGAAGGAGGAGGAGAAGGGGAAGGAGAGGAGGAAGAAGCUGUUGAUUGUGGACGUGAACGGACUGCUGGUGGACACGUGCUAUGUGCGCGAUGGCACUCCGCCAGGCCAGCGGCUACCAGACGGCCGCGCCAACAACUUCCAUGGUGCGCACCGUGCACGCAAGGGCCGCUCAGAGCAGCAUCUGCUGCUCGCACUUGUGUACCGGCGGCCGUUCUGUGAGGAGUUCGCUCGCUUCUGCCUGGACAACUUCGUGGUCGCCGUGUGGUCCUCCUCCCGCAUGUACAACGUGUGUGCGCUGCUGGAGUUUGUCUUCCCACAGGAGCGCCGGGGCGAGCUCGCAUUCAUCUGGGACCAAGAGCGGUGCACGAAGACGGGGUUGAAGCACCCCGCGAACCGCCGCAAGCCCAUCCUCCUCAAGGAGCUCAGCCACGUGUGGGGCAACGUGCACGGAGACUUGACAUGGCCGUCCGGCACGUACGGCCCCUCCAACACGCUGCUGCUCGAUGACUCGCCCUACAAGGCCGUGGAGAACCCGGUGCGCGUGUCGCUAGCGAGUGCAUCAGCGGGCGCGGUGACGAUGCGCAUCACGUGGAUUAGCAGCCAGCCCAGAUGCCUGUCGCUCGUCACCUGGGGGCUGCACCCCAACGUGCUCAACCGUCGCAAGGCACCUCCUCCUCCUACCACUUCCUCUCGCCACCGGGCGCGUUAUGGUGACCAGGCGCGUUAUGGUGACCCGGCGCGCGUUAUGGUGACUGGGCGCGCUAUGGCCGGACCCGCGGGUGCGACGGCUGGUGGGAGUGGUGGGGGCAUAGCGGAGGGAGGGGCAGCAGCGCAUAGCGGUGCGGUGGUGAGCAAGGUGGACCUGGUGAAGGUGGACCUGGUGAAGGUGGACCUGGUGAAGGUGGACCUGGUGAAGGACAAGCGCCGCUCACACAGGAGCUCAGCACGCUCCACUUCAUCGGAAGGUGCGCAGAGUGGGGGGCAGAGUGGGAGGGGAGUGGGUGGGGUGGGGGCGCUGGGUGCACGGGGGGAGGUAGUGGCGUGGGGGCAUAGGGGGUUGAGGGGGCAUAGGAUUGGACGCUUGGGAUGCAGGAGGGUUGGGUUGAGGGUUGAGGGUCCAGGCCGAGGUGUUGAUGGUGUCAGCGCUGCAGCACAAGGGAGUCAACCUGCUGGAAGAGUAUCUCCUCCACCAUGUGCGCUCCCCGCCCUGCUCCCGCCUCUCACAUGCCAUGCUACUAUGCCAUGGGGUCGUGCUGUGCCAUGCCAUGAGGUGUAG